AUGUGCAGUCUCUCAGCAAUGCAUACGCAACGGCUCUCCAUUUUGCUGUGCAUUAUCAGUUCUGUCAUCAGUGCUUCUUAUCCAUCUGAACCAGAAAAUGGCCAACAAGGAAAAACGGACCUACCAAGUCAGUAUUACACGCCGCAACUUGGGGAUCAUGCACAGAUCAGGCCAAUUGAGAAAAUUAUUGCGAUACCAACAGAAAACUAUCCACUGCCCAUACAAGGACAAGGCCACAAACCUCAGACCAUAUUCCAUAAUCCACCAAUAUUUCAAAACCCACCUCAGAUUGAAAAUAUGCAACUAUUCCAAAAUGCACCACCUUUUCCCCAUGCACCACCAGAACAAAAUAUGCCACUAAACUUCAGAGCACCAUUUCAACCAGCAGCCCCACCAAUUGUAACUUUUCGGCAAAAGUAA